CAGUGUUGAGGUCGAUUUCAUCCGCAUCCUGGGGCUCAGCGGCGGGCUUCCGGGGUCUCCGGUGGGCGGUGGUUGGACUUGCAGCCGCAGCGUGUCCGGGAAGGAGGUAACAGAUUUACAAACCUCCCCUCUGUCAGCCCCGCCGUUCACACACAGCCAUGAAGCCCUAUCAGUGCCCCAUCUGCGGGAAAUGCUUCAAGCAAUCGGGCAGCCUGAUUGAACACCAGCGGGUUCACAGCGGGGAGAAGCCGUUCUCCUGCCCUGUCUGCGGGAAGAGCUUUGCACACUUCUCCAACUUCGUGGUCCACCAGCGGAUCCACACCGGAGAGAGGCCGUUCACCUGCUCUGACUGCGGGAAGGGGUUCACCCAGUCAUCCGAACUGAAAAAGCACCAGCGGGUUCACACCGGGGAGAAGCCGUUCUCUUGCUCGGAUUGUGGGAAGGGGUUCAGCCGUUCGUCCACUCUGCAGAUCCACCAGCGAGUUCAUACCGGGGAGAAGCCGUUUACUUGCUCUGACUGUGGGAAGGGGUUUAUUGAAUUAUCACAUUUGGUCAACCACAAGAGAGUUCACACCGGGGAGAAACCUUACAUCUGCUCUGAGUGUGGGAAAGGGUUCGCAUAUGUAUCCAACAUGUUUAAACACCAGCGAGUUCACAGCAAGGAGAGGCCUUUCACCUGCUCUGAAUGUGGGAAGGGAUUCACUCAGUCAUCUCACCUGACGACCCACCAGCGAAUUCACACCGGGGAGAGGCCGUUCACCUGCUUUGAGUGUGGUCAGGCAUUCACCAAUUCCUCUUGCCUUUUGAGACACCAGAAAAUACACACCGGGGUGAAGCCGUUCACCUGCUCUGAAUGUGGGAAGGGCUUCGCUGUUUCAUCUGAUCUACUGAAACACCAGCGGAUCCACACCAAGGAGAGACCCUUCACCUGCUCUGAAUGUGGGAAGGGCUUCACUAAUUCAUCUGAAGUGUUAAAGCACCAGCGGAUUCACACCGGGGAGAAACCGUUCACCUGCUCCGAGUGUGGCAGAGGGUUUGCACUUAUAUCCAACAUGGUUAAGCACCAGCGAGUUCACAGCGGGGAGAGGCCGUUCACCUGCUCUGAGUGUGGGAAGGGAUUCACCCAGUCAUCUCGCCUGGUGAGUCACCAGCGAAUGCACACCGGGGAGAGGCCGUUCAUCUGCUCCGAGUGUGGUAAAGGUUUCACCAAUUCCUCUUGCCUUUUGAGACACCAGAAGAUACACACCGGAUUGAAGCCGUUCAACUGCCCCGACUGUGGGAAGGGCUUCACUUGCUCAUCUGAUAUGUUAAAGCACCAGCGGAUUCACACCGGGGAGAAACCGUUCAUCUGCUCCGAGUGUGGGAAAGGUUUCACCAAUUCCUCGUCCCUUUUGAGACACCAGAAGAUACACACCGGUGUGAAGCCGUUCAACUGCCCCGACUGUGGGAAAGGCUUCACCAGUUCAUCUGAUGUGUUAAAGCACCAGCGGAUUCACACAGGGGAGAAACCGUUCACCUGCUCCGACUGCGGGAAACGCUUCAAGCAAUCGAGCAAUCUGAUCACACACCAGCGGGUUCACACCGGGGAGAAGCCAUUUACCUGCCCUGACUGCGGAAAACUGUUCGCCUACCGCUCCAACUUCGUGGUCCACCUGCGGAUCCACACCGGAGAGAAACCGUUCACCUGCUCUGAGUGCGGGAAGGGGUUCACCCAGUCAUCCGAACUGAUGAAGCACCAGCGGGUUCACACCGGGGAGAAGCCGUUCUCUUGCUCGGAGUGUGGGAAGGAGUUCAGCCGUUCAUCUGCUCUGCAGAGCCACCGGCGAGUUCACACGGGGGAGAAGCCAUUUACUUGCUCUGAGUGUGGGAAGGGGUUUACGCAGUUGUCAAAUUUGGUCAACCACAAGCGAGUCCACACCGGGGAGAAACCGUACAUCUGCUCUGAGUGUGGGAAGGGAUUCACUCAGUUAUCCAACAUGUUUACACACCAGCGAGUUCACCGGGGGGAGAGGCCUUUCACCUGCUCUGAAUGUGGGAAGGGAUUCACUCAGUCAUCUCACCUGACGACCCACCAGCGAAUGCACACCGGGGAGAGGCCGUUCAUCUGCUCCGAGUGUGGUAAGGCAUUCACGGAUUCCCGUUACCUGUUGAGACACCAGCAGCUGCACAGCGGGGUGAAGCCAUUCACCUGCUCCGACUGUGGGAAGGGCUUCACUCAUUCAUGUGACCUGCUGAAUCACCAGCGGAUCCACACUGAGGAGAGACCGUUCACCUGCUCCGAGUGUGGGAAGGGAUUCACGGAACAACAUUACCUGACGAGACACCAGCGUGUUCACACGGGGGAGAAACCGUACGUCUGCACUGAGUGUGGGAAGAGUUUUACUCAGAUAACCAACCUGAAGUCUCACCAGCGACUUCACACUGGGGAGAAACCCUUCAUCUGCUCAGAGUGUGGGAAACGAUUCACUCAGAUGUCCAAUCUGCGAACACACCAGCGAGUUCACACCGGGGAGAAACCGUUUAUCUGCUCUGAGUGUGGGAAGGGAUUCACUCAGCCAUCUUCCCUGUUGACUCACCAGCGAAUUCAUACUGGGGAGAAACCGUUCAUCUGCUCAGAGUGUGGGAAGGGAUUUAAUAAACGACCUUAUCUGGUGACCCACCAGCGAAUUCACACUGGGGAGAAACCAUUCAAAUGCUCAGUGUGUGGGAAGGGAUUUAAUAAACGACCUUAUCUGGAGACCCACCAGCGAAUCCACACCGGGGAGAAACCGUUCAUCUGCUCGGAGUGUGGCAGGGGAUUCACUCAACGAUGCAGCCUGAAGAAACACAAGCAAGUUCACACCCGGGAGAAGCUGUUCACCUGUUCUGAGUGUGGGAAGAGGUUCAUUCGGUCAUCUAACCUGGUAAAACACCAGCAAGUUCACACUAGGGACAAGGUUUGAAUAUGUCUGUGUGGAAUAUAUAUCCACAUGCAGAAAGACCCUCUCAGGGUGAUGGAGACUGUAGGGUUGGGUUAGACUGUAUAAUUGUUACCUUUCUUGUAGUUUAACUUUCUUGUGCUUGUUUGUACAGUACUUUAUAUCAUUAGCUCUCUAUGUGUAAUUGUUCUGGGGGUUGCCUCUGUAUUAUUUUCGAGAAACUUUCAAGAUAUGGUGGAGGCUAUUGUGUCACUUGGCAUCGGGAGGCUUGGUUCCUGGUACCUCAGUGUGACAGCCAGUACUGGAAGCCUGUGAGAUGGCACAAAGAAAAUCAGCUAAUCUCUCCACUGAUUCCCAAUAUGCUUCUGGAAUUGUUCACGAUUUGGAAACAAGUGGAGGCAAAGGGGAUUUCUUAUGGCUGUAUGAAUCACAAUGAACUCAUGAGUGUUAUCUAAUAAUGGUAAAACACCACUACAAAAUGACAAUAAGGGAAAACCAUGCAAAUGCAUUCGCUGAUGAAAUUGUCAACAAGGCAGCAUGGGUUCGGUCAAAGAAGUUUUUUUUUAAAACUCAAAGAAUUAAAAGAAGUACAGAGAGCAUCUGGAGUAAACAGGCAAACAUAGAGGCUAUUUGAGAGAUGCAGACUCAAUGCUCUAAUAAAGAAAUGUUGUUCUGGAUGGAGAAUGCUGGGACAUUAAAGAGUGCUGGAGCAUAGAGUCGUAGACUAUGUUGCUUUCUUAUCUAGCAGAUAAAUUCCCCAGGACACAUUGGAGUGGACAUCUGGUCUAUUUUUGCAUCUACAAAUGGACUACAUUACUCUCCCAAGGUGUCGAGGAUACCCAAUGUACUAGUAAUAGUGGACAAGUUUUCAAACUAUUCCCACAAGGAAAGCCACAGCCACACACACCAACAACUAAUCAAGGACUGUAUUCUGAGAUGGAGAUUAGCACCUCACAUUGACUCUGACCAAGGAACACAUCUCACUGGGAAUGUUUAUUGGGAAUUAUGACAACUGAUGAAUAUUGAACGGUCUUUCCAUUGUCCACAUCAUCCAGAGUCAUCAGGACAAGACGAAUGAAUGAAUGGGAUCAUCAACAAGGACUGAGUGAGUAUCAUGAGGAAGGUUGUACCAUGGCCUACGGCUCUUCCUGUCGUCUUGUGUCACAUCAGAGCAACCACAAACAAGAUAAAGUCCAUUGGAGGUGGUAACAGGGUGACCCACGUCACUGCCAGGAGCUCUCGACCUCAGAGAAGCUGAUAUACAUAUUAUGGCAGAGAGUUUAAUUAACUAUUUUGUAAAAUUAACCCAAGAUGUGCUGUCUGCUUCCCAACAGGUUUCUGCUGCUUGGAGUGAUCAAAGACUCUGAUUCCUGCUGAGAUUCCCAUAAGGAACCACUGGGAGCUCAAUGAGAAGGUCCUUAACAAACGUUGUUAAUUACAAAUUCAGAUGUGAAAGGAGGUGAAUACACACAAGUCACUGCAAGUAAGCUAAAGUGGUUGCUGAUGGUAGAGCAGCUCAAACUCACAUUAGUGUACCUAUUUUCAAAGAUAGUCUAGGUAACACUGACAUAAACAUGUGAAUACCCUUUUAUAUUUCCAUAACUGAGGCUCUGAUAUGACGAGAUUUUCUUCUUUGCAUCUCCAGAAGUAAUACAGUAAUCUGGCAUGGUGGUGUAGUGGCUAGCACAAUGCUUUACAGUCCCAGUGACCCCGGGUCAUUUCUUGCCCCAGUCUGUAAGGAGUUUGUGUUUUCUCCCCAUGACCACGUGAUUUCCUCCGCUUGCUCCAGUUUCUUCCCACUUUCCAAAAUCGUACUGGCUGAUAGAUUAACUGGUGAUUGUAAAUUGCCCUGUGAUCCGCUGGGAUUAAAUCACGUGUUGCUGCUCACGGUUUGAAGUGCCAGCAUUCCACACGAUAUAGAAAGUGGCUGUCAGACAGGACUGUAUAAUUACUUUACACU